AUGGACAUCACAGUUAACACCGAGGAAGGCACCAAGAGAAAAGCUUCAGAGGAAGCAUCCUCAGCGCGCUCCAAGAAGGCUCGUACAGAGUCUCCUGUCCUUGACAGCCUUAGCAAGCACGACGAGUCCGAUGCCGAUCCUCCUAUUACACCUACACCGGUCGAUUUCCCCGACAAGCCUGCGGUCAUCGAGGAGAAACAAGGGCUCAUCGAGUUCAGAGUGGUCAACAAUGACAAUUCUCGCGAAAGCAAUAUCAUCUUGACUGGGCUGAAAUGCAUCUUCCAGAAGCAAUUACCCAAGAUGCCCAAGGACUAUAUUGCGCGACUAGUGUAUGACAAGACUCACUUAUCCAUCGCCAUUGUCAAGCAACCACUGGAAGUCGUCGGUGGAAUCACAUACAGACCUUUCAACUCGCGAAAAUUUGCCGAGAUCGUCUUUUGCGCCAUUUCGUCAGAUCAGCAAGUCAAGGGAUAUGGCGCCCAUCUCAUGGCUCAUCUUAAAGACUACGUCAAGGCAACUUCUCCUAUCAUGUACUUUCUCACCUACGCCGACAAUUACGCCAUCGGGUAUUUCAAGAAGCAAGGGUUCACAAAGGAGAUUACCUUGGAUAAGUCGAUCUGGAUGGGCUAUAUCAAAGAUUACGAAGGCGGAACGAUCAUGCAAUGUAGCAUGCUGCCCAGGAUUCGUUAUCUACAGGUUCCACGUAUGCUGCAGAAGCAGAAAGAAGCAGUCAUGGCGAAGAUACGGGCCGUGAGCAAAUCGCAUAUUGUCCACGCUCCGCCUGCACAGUGGAAAAACGGCAUUAUUGAGAUAGACCCGAUGUCCAUUCCUGCGAUCAAGGAAUCUGGCUGGUCACCGUCAAUGGAUGAGCUCUCCCGCCAACCUCGCCACGGUCCCAACUACAAUCAACUUCUCCACCUGCUCAACGAUAUGCAGAAUCAUACCGCUGCGUGGCCAUUUGCUCAGCCUGUGAAUAAGGACGAAGUCCCCGACUACUAUGAAGUUAUCAAAGAGCCCAUGGACCUAUCGACCAUGGAGGACCGCUUACAGAACGAUCUCUACCCGCGACCAGAAGACUUCAUCAGAGACGCCAAGCUUAUCUUCGACAACUGUCGCAAAUACAACAACGAGAGUACACCUUAUGCUAAGAGCGCCAACAAACUCGAGAAGUUUAUGUGGCAGCAGAUCAAGAAUAUCCCGGAGUGGUCGCACUUGGCGGAUUGA